CGUGGUCUGCGAGUUAGUUCACCUCCAUCUACCUGAACACGAAAUAAGCAGAGUUGCACCUCUGAGAAGGACUCGCUUAGUGACAUGAUCGGCACUGAGGGCACCAUACAAGGCCUGAAGUGGGUGUGAUGGUGUGCUUUUUGCCAUAAACCAGCUUUCAAAAUGGCAGGUGAUACCAGCACAUUGUCAUGGAAGUUGCCAAGCCCAGGAACGGAUGGGCCACAAACCCCUGUGUUUGCUUUUGCUGGAGCGGGAGGUCCUGUAAAAAUACUUAAAGUAUGCUUCAGCAGCAGCAACAACCAAAAAAACUUCAAACUUGUCAAGUGUGAUAGCUCCUGGCAGAUAAGGGCCAUCAUCCAGUCCAUCCUGAUCAGUGGUCGUUUGGGCCCCAAUGUGCAGAAUGCAGCCUGCUUUGGCCUGAGACUUAAACAUCUGAAAUCCGAGGAGUAUCACUGGCUGCAUCCUGAUUUGACUGUAGGUGAGGUGGAGCAACGCUAUGAAAAACUUCAUUUAGAGGCUGAGUGGAGAUAUGACCUGAGGAUUCGCUAUAUACCUGCUAAUUUCUUGGAGAGGUUUAAAGAGGACAGAACUUCACUGUUAUAUCUAUAUCAUCAGGUUCGCAAUGACUACAUGCAGCAGUAUUCUAGUAAAGUCAGUGAUGGCAUGGCAUUGCAGUUGGGUUGUCUGGAGAUCAGGAGGUUUUACAAAGACAUGAAUGCUAAAGGCCUUGAGAAGAAGUCGAAUUUUGAAUUGUUAGAGAAAGACGUUGGGCUAGACCUUUUUUUCCCACAGAAACUUAUUGACAGUAUGAAGCCGAAGCAGCUGAGGAAGCUGAUCCAGCAGACAUUUCAACAAUAUGGCACACUCAAAGAGGAAGAGUGCAUGGUCAAGUUCUUUAAGACCUUUGGUGAAUUCAUUAACUUUAACGAAGAGGUUUUCCCUUGUGAACUAGUGCAAGGCUGGAGCCUGACGGUGGAUUUAGUCAUUGGAGCAAAAGGCAUUCGCCAAAGAGCACAAACAGAUUCAUCGACAGUAUGUCUAGCAGAAUUUAAACAAAUCCGAAGUAUUAAGUGCACUGUAAAAAGUGAAGGCAAAACUCUGUUAGACAUCGACAUCAAAGGAGCCAAACAGCCUCUUUCAGUCAAUGUGCCUACAUUGGCGAUGGCAGAGAACAUGGCUGAUCUGAUUGACGGCUACUGCAGGCUGGAGAACAACACAGAUUCAACACUGAUCUCUCGGCCUAAUAAAAGUCCAGACCUCCGUAACUCGCUACCUGCAAUCCCUUCAAGUUUAGUGUUGCCUGAACUAUUGAAAGAGCCUGAACGGCACAGCAGGAAUUCUGAUAUAUACUGUGAAAUUUUGGAUGAAAAACCUCCACCUCCUGCAAUCAAAUACGGAAUCUCUAGGAAGUCCAUUGUCUUGGGACCUAUUUUGGGCUCUGGGUUUUUUGGAGAGGUCUAUGAAGGAGUUUACAAAAAAGAGAAUGGUGAGAAGAUUAAAGUGGCUGUGAAGACCUGUAAAGAGUGCUCACCUGAUAUCAUGGAUAAAUUCAUGAGUGAAGCAGCUCUUAUGAAAAAGCUGGAGCACCCUCAUAUAGUAAGUCUGAUAGGCAUCAUAGAAGAAGAACCUGUGUGGAUUGUCAUGGAGCUCUACCAGCAUGGUGAGCUUGGGGACUACUUAAUCAAAAACCAGAACACUUUAACCAACAUCACACUAGUCCUGUUUAGCCUGCAGAUUUGCAAAGCUUUGGUUUACUUACAGGGAAAGAACAUGGUACACAGGGACAUCGCUGUGAGAAAUGUGCUUGUCGCCACACCAGAGUGUGUGAAGCUCGGUGACUUUGGCCUGUCCAGAUACAUAGAAAAUGAGGAAUAUUACAAAGCCUCUGUUACGCGAUUGCCAAUCAAAUGGAUGGCCCCUGAGUCUAUAAACUUUCGUCGGUUUACAACAGCCAGUGAUGUGUGGAUGUUUGCUGUCUGCAUGUGGGAGAUACUGAGUCGGGGACAACAGCCUUUUUUUUGGUUGGAGAACCGUGAAGUUAUUAACCAGCUGGAGAUGGGCAUCAGGCUUCCUAAACCAGAGCUGUGCCCUCCUGCCCUGUAUUCACUCAUGACCCGCUGCUGGAGCUACGACCCCAAUGAGAGGCCCAGCUUCACCGAACUUGUCUGCAAAAUCAAUGAUGUGCAUAAAAUGGAGAAGGACCUGGAAGCAGAGAAGGGGAGAGACCGACAAAGAGCCACCAGGUUUCUAGAGCCCAAGUUCAACAUCACUGAACCACCCCCAAAGCCCACAAGAUUGAACCCUGGUCGGUUUGGGAACACCCUCAGCAUCGGCCUGCACAUUCAGCUAAAUGAGGCAUUGUGUGCCAGCUCACCGGAUCUGGCUAGUCCAUGUGACUAUCAGUCUCCUAUAGACUCCGCCAACACCCUCACACUUUCCAGCAUGCCUGCUCGGCGCCUCAGUCUGGGAGAGGGGGAGUUUAGUGUAGGCCCCUCCAGCAUGGAGGAUGCACAACGCUUGUGGCAGUUGGAAAAGAAACGGAUGCAAGACACCAUAAAGAAUCAGAAGGAUGAGAUGGUAGAGGACAAAAAGUGGCUAGAGAAAGAGGAAAAACUUCUGGACCCUAAAAUAAAUGAGACUACAGUGGUUAAGGAGGAAACAGACCCUUUGCCCAACAAUGAUGAACUUUUAAAAGCUCCUGAAAAACCCCCAAGAAUUUCAGUGCAGCCUGCCCCUACAGCAGAGCUCGAUCGCUCUGAGGACAAGGUGUACCGGUGUGUCAUGGAUCUGGUUAAAGUGGUGGUGCAGCUGAAAAAUGACGUGAACACGCUGCCAUCCACUGAGUACAUAUCCUUAGUCAAGAUUGUCGGAAUGACAUUGAGGGAUUUAAUUUCAAGUGUUGAUGAGGUUCUUCCAUCUUUACAAGGAGCUAUUAAGACGGAGAUUGAGGGCACACAGAAACUGCUGAAUAAGGACAUGGCGGAGCUGAUCAAUAAGAUGCGGCUGGCCCAACAAAACGCCAUCACCUCACUAAAGGAGGAGUGCAAGAAGCAGAUGCUGGCAGCGGCUCACACGCUGGCCAUGGAUGCCAAGAACCUGCUGGAUGCAGUGGAUCAGGCCCGGGUACGUGCCAACUUGGCUAAGCCCAGACCUGAGGAUGCUGUUUUUUCUGACACCGACUAGCAAUAGACAGAGAGAGAGGAAGCGCUCGGUUCAGUUUGUUCCCACUAGCAAUCUGGUUCAUAAAGUAUGUUUUAUGCUACUGCAUGAUAAAAGGUACGGUAAUGAUAUACGUUUUACAUCAAAUGUACAAAAGAUGUAAAUGUACUCAUAGAGGUACAACAGGGGAUAAUGUAAAGUGAAUAGAUUUUAAAAUACAGUACAUUGCAAUCUCUAAAUACUGUACAGAACACCCUUGAGGCUAUAAUCAAAUCAAAUCAAAUGUAUUUUUAGUCAUGAAACCUCAGUGCCCCUUGAUAUACAUUCUGCUACAAAGUCUCCGAGAAGUCUAAUCUUUGUAACAGGUACGUUAAGUAGCACAGUUUAGACUGGGAACAUGGAGCGGACUAGAUUCCAUCUAUAUCCCGAUAAAAUACCUUGUUUCUCUACAGGAAAGUAAUACUGUAUAUUUGUCCCAUCUUUCUGUACAUGAGCUGUCCGCUGCUGAUACAAUACAUACUGUACCUUUAAAUGCAUUUUUUUCAUUAUGUUGCUGUAUAAUGUAAUGAUUAGUUAUUAGUAUGAUACUGUUGGUGUUAAAAGCUUAAAGACGUACAAUGGUCGUGACAUUUCUUUGCUGAUUACAGAAAUAUGCACCCAAAUAAUAUAUAUUGAGCAAAAGAAAAUAUCUAUGUUCAUAUUCAUUCUUAACUUGGUGCGGUUCAGGGAUGUGAGACAGAAAUAUAUUUAGAAGCAAGUGUUGUAUUAAAUUCUUUCAGAUUUCACAAGUCAUAUCUCAGUGUUGUAUUCUCAAGUCUAUGUACAUUUUUGCAACAAACUGUGAGCUAAUAAAAAUGUCAGUGAAAUA